AUGCUGGCAGCCCUCGACCGCUAUUUAAAAGAGCAUGAGUACAAGUACUCUAUUAUACGAGACCGAGAGUUUCACCAGUCGAAGUUGGUACUCGAAGGAAAAGUGAAGUGUCUCCGUCAACAAGGAAAAGGCAAGAGACCCAACGCUGCGAACACACUGACAGCCGAAGAAGAAAAAAUGCUAUGGAGUGAACAAAGUCUCGGCGACUGCAGUCCAAGAGUUCUUUCCCAGACGAUGUGGUGGAUCUUGACUCAACAUUUUGGCCUGAGGGGAAGACAGGAACACCAUUCAAUGGAAGUCGAGGACUUCAGUUUUUGUGUGGACGACAGCGGCACAGAGUACGUCACGUUUAAAGAAAAUCCUACAAAGACGAGGCAGGGAGGACUGAACACAAAACAUCGUAGUGUUCUGCCAAAAAUGUUCGCUACUGGCGGUCAGAGAUGUCCUGUUGAGUUACUAAAGCAAUACCUUAGUAGGCGUCCUCAAGAGCUGCGCGACGAAGGUCCUUUUUACCUUGCCAUAAUCGAAAAUCCCAAAACAAAUGUUUGGUACAAGAGGCAGCGGCUCGGCGUAAACAGCAUCGACAAUAUGAUGAAGAGCGUCGUCAAGAACACAGCUCUGGAAACAAGCAAGAAGAAAUUGACUAACCACACGCAAGGAAGACAGUUGUGA